ACAACCCUAUUGCGUAUUUCUCGUUUCACAAAAUUUAUAUAACUUUGUGAGUGUCAGGCCCAACACAUAAACAAAUCAAAAUCUUCAAAAUAUAUAAAAAUUUUGCGACCUUUUUAUAGGGCAACCUUUUAUUAAAAUUAAAAAUUCCUCUCUUUUCGGAUCAAGGUUUGCCAGUGUUGAAGUGGCACCGCAGUAAUAGAAACAACAAAACAACAGCUGGACAACACAAACAACCUGUGUUGUCGCCCUCUUAAUUAAUAUUCCUGUUGGAUUUGGUUCAAUUAGAAGCGAAUAAAGCAUCAUGUCGAUACGGCGGGGAAUGUCCUCUGUGGCCAGCAAAGAGUGGAGGGAUUACUUCCUCAGCACUCAUUUCUGGGGACCGGCGGCCAAUUGGGGAAUUCCACUGGCUGCUUUGGCCGACACACAGAAGAGUCCCAAGUUUAUUUCGGGAAAAAUGACCCUAGCACUGACCCUGUACUCGUGCGUAUUUAUGCGGUUCGCCUACAAGGUCCAGCCCCGAAACUGGCUGCUCUUUGCCUGCCAUGCUACGAAUGCUACUGCGCAAUCAAUUCAGGGUCUGCGGUUCCUGCACUACAACUAUGGCGACAAGGAGCAUUCGACGUAAUCCUCCACUCCCUGAGAUCGGCGCGAUGAUACUUCAAAUAUUUACCCAGCAGCGACAGCAAUUUACUGCCACCACACGCGACGAAAAUCUAGCAAAUUGCACUGCCCCCAUAGCACCCUUGGAAAGACAAUGUGGUGGGGUAAUUGCCUCAAAUCAGACACGCACAAUCGGCUGAAUCUCGAAUUGCGAAGCUCUUGUCGUGCCACCUCAUCUAUCCUCAUUUGUGCUGAUCGGCAAUACCCAAAUUCCAAAAGAGUCUAACCCCUAGUUAAUUUCACUCGGCCGCUGAUCAAAAUUUGAAGUGUUGGUGCAAUGUAAUCGUUAAUAUGACGAAAAAAAUAUUUUUUAUAAAAUUGGCCUGUAUAUGGAUAUGGUUUAAAGUUUAAAAUAUAAUACAAUUUUAAAGAAAAAGUAGCGUUUGAUUUUUUGAUUUUAUCAUGCUCAUUGGAACAUGCUUUUAUUAAAACGAUUACAGUUAUAUGAUAUAUUCAUAUCAAUGUUCCUUAACAAAUAUAAUUUUUUUGUUGACAUUUUUAUAACUUUUUUUGUUUUCAAUAUGGGGUUAAAACAAUACAAAAUCGUAAUCAUUACAUAAGUUUUUUUUUGUGUGCUUUUCUUGUUUUUUCUGAUAGUACACUUAGGACGAAACAUACAAGUUGGGUACAAAAAUAUGUAAAAAUUUUCUCAAGUUUUUCAAACAUAAUAAAAAAUACAA